UCUCUCUCUCGCUCUUUCUUUCUCUCUGUAUACUUCCUGUCCACUUAUACAUUACUGUAAUGUAAUAUAAUGUUUAUGGUUAGUAUGUGCAGUGGUAUACCUGCUUGACCAACCCAAGCGCACUAAGUCCAUGAAAAUCACUUUGGUCAAUAGAGAGUCCUUUGUUUCUUGUUUUUGACCAUCCACCUUGGGGGAUAAGCUUGGGCGUGGAGUGGGGUAUGUAAAACAAAGCCUCAAUUGAAUAGAAGUCAAGAUCAUAGACACACAUGCUGUACUGGUGUGCUUGCCAUUAAGAUCUCAACAUUUAAGAAACACUUUUCAAGUUAUGUCCUGAGGAAAGUUGUCAAAAUCCCAGAGAGCCAAAAGUUGUAAACCACGUAUUGUGAAACAUGCACGUAUUGUGAAACAUGCAUGCAUUGUGACACAAACACGCACGUACACACACACACACAUGUUCUCACGCUCACACGAUUGACCACACCCAUACACCCGCUUAUGAUACGUCGCACACAAGGUGCAUGUAUAUAUUGAGAAUAAACGUUCAUUCAACUGUACAAGGCGUUGCUUGGAUUUAUUCUUUGUCGUCGGGUGUCGUUGCUGAUGUGCGUUUGAACUUUGUCGAUUCUGGGGUUUGAUUCUGCAGCUACAUCUCAAAGUUUACAACUUUUGGACGUCCUCACAGUUUAUAACUUCGGACGUCUUCGACUGUGUAUCAAGGUGUGAAUGAACGCAGAUCUUAAAAUGGACGUCGCUGCCGAGAAGGACGACACAAGGUCGACAUCAUCGAAGGCAGCAUCAAGGGCCAGUACAACUGCCAGCACAAGGCUGCGGGAAGCAAGAAUAAAGGAGGAGCUCGCAAGGAAAAGACAAGAACAAUUGCUCAAACAACAAGAACUUAGGAAAAAGGAAUUCGAACUGAAAGAGGAAAUGGAUAAAAUGAAAGCGGAAAACGAACUGGAGAACGCCAGGGCUGAAGCGGCAUUGUGGCAAGAGGCCGAAAAUGAACAAUAUGUAUUAGAAGGUAACAGAAAUUUGCCUCUUUCGGGAAUGCCUGAGCCUGACAUAGAUCACAGAACGCAGGCAUGGUGCAACCAACAGGCACAAACUCCUGAAGGGGGCAAGGAAAAUGUAUUGAAUGUGAAUGCAAAUGAUUUUAUCCCCAAUACAGACAAGGUUGUGGCGGGUGCUCAGAAGGGGCAGGCAGGCCAUGAUGGGGACAAGAAAGGUCAAGCAAAUAAGGUGAGUGAUCUAGGAAUUGCAAAUAUGCUUGCUAUGGCUAUGAGUUUGCCAAAACCAGAUAUUCAACCCUUUUCUGGCAAUCCAGUCGAUUACUGGAAAUUCAUGAAUACCUUUGAGGUGAACAUAGGGGAUAAGGUGAAUGAUGAUAGGAUGCGCUUAAAUUAUCUUAUACAGUUCUGCACAGGUAAGGCGCGCGAUGCCAUAGAAAACUGCAUCCUUCUGGAAGCGAGUGCAGGAUAUGCGCGUGCGAAGCUAAUUCUUCAUGAUCAAUUUGGUCGCAACUAUAUUGUCGCCCGCGCUCAUGUUGAAAGAGUUUUAAAACGGUCACAUAUACGAUCUAGUGACAGCCAAGCCUUGUGGGAUCUGGCAAGGGACAUGAGAAGGUGCCAGAUCACAACAUCUCAGUUAGGGUACACUGCAGACAUGAGUACGACAGAAACCUUACUCAAGAUACAGGAGCUCUUACCUAUUCACUUACAAGGACAGUGGGCAUCGAAGGCCCACUCACUUAUGGAACAGGCCGUCAUCCCAAAUUUCAGUCACAUGACUGAUUUUGUGGAACAGACUGCGAAGGUGGCCAGCAAUGUCUUUGGUAAGCACAUUGGCAGGGGUCAGCCUGGUAAACAGCAGCCAGCAAAAUCCUCAACCAAACCAAGAAGUGGUGCAGUUUUUAGCACUGCAAAAGAAGCCCAAACUGCUAAGUGCCCUUGCUGCAGUAUGACUGGGCAUGGAUUAGGAGACUGCGAUGACUUCAAAAGGAAAUCAUCAAAGGAGAGACACGCUCUUGUGAAACAGAAGAAGCUGUGCUUCAAUUGCUUGAAACCGUCCCAUGCAGCAAGGGAUUGUAAAAACAAGGGCGUUUGCAGAAAAGAAGGAUGCGGCAAGAAGCAUCACACCCUAAUCCAUCUUGACUUCCAGCCAAAGGAGGAUAAGGAUCCUGAACAAGGAGAGCUGCAACUUGGGGCUGGGAACUCGAAUGAAGGUACCUCCCAUGCGGUUGGUGGCAGGAGGGCAGUCUCCUUAAGAGUAGUUCCUGUCAGAGUUGUUAAUGGAGAUAAAGAUGUUACGACAUGGGCGCUCCUUGACAACGGGAGUGACGUAUCGCUCUGUGAGCAUGGUCUCAUACAUGAACUUGGGGUGGUCGGUAGGAACACCUCCUUCAAGCUGACAACUGUGAAUAAUGCUUCAUCUCAGAAGGGGAUGGAGGUGUCUUUGUCCAUCCAGAGCCUCAAUGGCGAUGUAGAGUUAGAAAUACCUUCUCUAUGGACGGUCGAUAGGUUACCAACUUCACGUCAGAGUAUCCCAGUUCGAGAAGAUGUGGACAAAUGGCCACAUCUUCGGGGAAUAGAACUCCCGAAUGUAGCUCAGAGUGACAUAAGGUUGCUUAUUGGCUCUGAUGUCCCUGAAGCAUUCUGGGUAGAGGAAGAGCGAAGAGGUAAGAGGAAGGAGCCCUAUGCAAUUCGGUCACCACUUGGAUGGACUGUUAUGGGACCAACAAGUUCCAGGUUUACACCCAGAAAUGGCUCGGUCAAUAAUGUGACCGUUGGAAGCCAGCUACACAUUCAGCUGGGAAGGUUCUGGCAGAUCGAUAAGAUGCAAGGAGAUGAAGCAAAUCUACCUACUGAGUCCACUGAGGAUCGGAGGGCAAAAAUGACUAUGGAAGGCUCAGUCACAUUGACUGAUGGACAUAACCCUGCUGAUGAUGGUUCCAGAGGAGUUCCAGCAACAAUGUUGUCUCGAUGGGUGGAUGGCCCAGCCUUCCUGAAGAAAGGUGAAUCUGAGUGGCCGAGGUGCCCCAUUUCUCCUGAAUCAAGGAAGAGUUCACUUGAUGGCGAACUAUCAGGAGAAGAUCCCGAAGUCAAGAAGAAUGUCUUCACGAUUACUGCUGAGGACAAAGUCAUUGAUCCAUUGAUUGACAGGUACUCAACAUGGGACCGGCUGAAAAGGGCAGUUGCGUGGAUUUUGCGAGUCAAGGAUCAUCUUCAUUCCCGAGUCAAGAAAGACGACUCGCACUCAUUAACUGGUGAUUUGACAGUCCAUGAGUUGAAGAAGGCUGAACGAGCACUCAUUCAGCAUGUACAAAGGCAGGUCUUCCCAUCUGCCUUUAAUGGAUCAUCAUCAUCAAAGACUUCUCUCAGGAAGCUGAAUCCCAUUAUCAAGGAUGGGAUGUUAAGAGUAGGAGGGAGACUUGACAGAGCUCCGAUUGGGGACGAGGCCAAACAUCCUCUCAUCUUGCCAAAUCAUCACCAUGUGACACGGUUGCUAAUAGAGCACCACCACAAGCAAGUGGGUCAUUCUGGUGCAGGGAUGACAUGGGCAUCCAUUAGGUCCAAAUAUUGGAUCUUAAAGGGAGGCGCAGAAGUCAGAAGGAUUCUGGGCCAUUGCCUUCAGUGCAAGAGGAGGAAUGUACCUCGCGGCACCCAGUUCAUGGCAGAUCUACCAAAGGAAAGGGUAACACCAGGGACACCUGUAUUCCACAAUUCAGGUGUGGACUUCUUUGGUCCCUUCUUCGUCAAGCAAGGUAGAUCCCAGGUGAAAAGGUAUGGCUGUAUCUUCACAUGCAUGGCUACAAGGGCUGUGCAUCUUGAAGUAGCCAAUUCACUCGAAACAGAAACAUUCAUCAAUGCUCUCCGCCGGAGGUUCAUUAAUCGAAGAGGCCAGCCGGCGAAAAUCUGGAGUGAUAACGGGUCAAACUUCCGAGGUGCUCAACGCGAGCUAAAAGAAAACUUGGCCCAAGUCAACUCCAAGAAAGUAAACAGAUACCUGGCCCAACGAGGAAUUGACUGGGAAUUCAACCCUCCAGGUGCCAGCCACAUGGGUGGCAUCUGGGAGCGUGUCAUUCGAUCCGUCAGAAGGAUCUUAGGAAUCCUUCUGAAGAACCAAACGUUGACGGAUGAGGGUUUCAUCACUGUGAUGUCUGAAGUGGAGGCAAUCUUGAAUUCAAGACCUUUAACUCCUUUGACUUCAGAUUCAAAUGAUCUGGAGCCCCUCACUCCCAACCAUCUCCUGUCAUACCACAGGAACCUGACGGCACCUCCAGGCAUCUUCACAAAGGAAGACUGCCUUCUACGACGAAGAUGGAGGCAGGUCCAAUACUUGGCGGACCAAUUCUGGAGAAGAUGGGUCAGGGAAUACCUCCCCAUUCUCCAACAGCGCCAAAAAUGGACAAAGGAAGAAAUUAACUUCAAAACUGAUAAUCUGGUCCUCAUGGCUGAUGACAGUCUCCCACGAGGUCAGUGGCCACUUGGUCGGAUAUGUGACACCUACCCUGACAAACAUGGACGCGUGCGACAAGUUGAGGUGCGCAUUGGGCCUAGUCAAUACAAGAGGCCAAUCUCUAAAUUGUGCUUGCUAGAAGCUGCGAAAUAAGUUACCAAAUCUGUGCUGCAAAUUUAAUUAUCGCAUUCAACCAUCAUUCACUUUGUCGUCUGUGCUUAUCCUAUUUAGAUUUAAUAUUUCGGCAAUAAUUUAUAUUGAAAUGGCAGCUCAUUGGCAAUGGUAAGCAAUAUUUGAUAAGUCCUAAACCAAUCACUUUAUUUGCAUUAUGCGGUAAUUAUUACAAAGGGGAGUUUAGUCAACAAGGAUUAAUUCAAUGGUUAUCUUUAUUUCCUUCUUCAGAGUCAAGUUUAUAUGAUAAUUCAAUAAGGAAUUAUUUUAUAGUUUAUUAGGCUUGAUCUUCGUUAAAUUAACUGCCGCAUUAAUAAGAAUAUUCGAAAUGAGUCUUUGGUAUAGAGCCUCAUUUGGGGCCGGGCAUGUUGCGGCAGAUUCCAUAAAGUUAUCGAAUUUAUGAUAAAAUGUAGAUUGUUGGUUAAUACUUCAUGUAACCAGUUAUAACUUCUGUCGUAGUCAAUGUUUUUAUGUAUAAUUUGAAUAUGUUUAAGUAUAAUGCACCCCUCGCCCUAUCUCUCUCUCUCUCUCUCUCUUUCUUUCUCUCUGUAUACUUCCUGUCCACUUAUACAUUACUGUAAUGUAAUAUAAUGUUUAUGGUUAGUAUGUGCAGUGGUAUGCCUGCUUGACCAACCCAAGCGCACUAAGUCCAUGAAAAUCACUUUGGUCAAUAGAGAGUCCUUUGUUUCUUGUUUUUGACCAUCCACCUUGGGGGAUAAGCUUGGGCGUGGAGUGGGGUAUGUAAAACAAAGCCUCAAUUGAAUAGAAGUCAAGAUCAUAGACACACAUGCUGUACUGGUGUGCUUGCCAUUAAGAUCUCAACAUUUAAGAAACACUUUUCAAGUUAUGUCCUGAGGAAAGUUGUCAAAAUCCCAGAGAGCCAAAAGUUGGUAAGUUACAAAACUUGUAUAACUUUGUAGAAUACAUUAUUGCUGUUAUGAUCAUAUAUAUAUUUUGUUGUAUAAGUAUUCAAAGUUUGUGUAAUUUUCUGUCUAAAUUCAUGCCUGAAAAUUGGCAUGGCGAAUAGUUUUCAUGAUUCUCUUUACAGUACUGAACUAUAUGCAUAUUGUAUUAUACUGUCUGUAGCAAGCAUAGUGAAGUGAGAGAUGCUGACAAAACUAUGAACCUAAUUUGAGUUAUACAGGUGUAUUCCACGUUUAUUGAAAGGUUAACUAUAACCAAGUAUUUUAUUUACUUAUUCACUUAUUCAUUAUGAUUUCUUUUUACAACAAAUACGUAUAUUUGAUGUUGUGCACACAGGGUACAAAUACAGUUUAUAAUUAUUUCCUUAUCAUAUACAUUUAUAUUAUUAAGUUUAUACCUGAGUUAAUAUCAUUAUUAUUAUUUCAUUAGUUCAAGAUAAUUAAUCAUAUUUGGACUGUUCACUAAAUAAUUAUAUCUGUAUAUAUAUAUCAACUGCUGAUAAAUGCAAGCAAAUUACAAUUAAUUACAUUCAUUUAGAGUUUGAGUCAAAUUCGAUCAAUAAUUUGUGAUAACUGUUCUUACAAUAUGAACGAAACUUAUAAUAUAAUAAUGUUUUUAUUUCUUCUGUUUAUUUAUGACCUCAUAAGGUACACAAAAACAACACAUUUCUGAGAAGGCUACAUUGUUAAAAGUUUAAAGACCUAAGAUACAUUCUAUUGAGAAUCUAUGACUACAGAAGCACAGAGUUAGUCUUGAUUUUAGACCUUAUAAUGUAGAUUUAUCUAUUUAUCAUUUUGCACUAUGUAUUUUAUUGAUUUACUAUAUUUUAUUUGCAUCAUACCCUUCAUGCCAUGAUGUUAUUGUAAAUAUGUAUAUAUUUUCUUGUCUGUCUCUUGCAGUAAACCACGUAUUGUGAAACAUGCACGUAUUGUGAAACAUGCAUGCAUUGUGACACAAACACGCACGUACACACACACACACAUGUUCUCACGCUCACACGAUUGACCACACCCAUACACCCGCUUAUGAUACGUCGCACACAAGGUGCAUGUAUAUAUUGAGAAUAAACGUUCAUUCAACUGUACAAGGCGUUGCUUGGAUUUAUUCUUUGUCGUCGGGUGUCGUUGCUGAUGUGCGUUUGAACUUUGUCGAUUCUGGGGUUUGAUUCUGCAGCUACAAUGCCUUAUGGGGAUUUCAAUUGUCCAUAGUUUGAAUUAAUGAUUACUCGAACAUUAUAAUUUCGUACUUUUCAUCUUCCUCUUUUUCAUUUUCUGUCACUCAGCUUUCGCUUUCACGUCCCGCUCUAAUCAUUCAAAUUCUUGUCUAGAUGUUGCUCAAUUUUCAUAUCCGGUGUUGGAGUUGUCGGUAUUCUGCUAGUUCCAGUGACACUUGUGACACGCUGAGAGUUAUCCUGAUUAUCAAUUUCAGGGAGAUCGCUAAUAUCACUUGCGUACUCUCCAUUGAUAAAAUUUAUCAAUCGUAUUGGAGCACCCUAUUUGACUUGCUCCACGGUAUACAGUGUGGCGGCAACCAACUCAGUAUCCAUUUUGCUAAGUCCAACGGGCAAAUGAUCAAUAAUAACAUCACUGCAACUGCUCACAGCGAUUUUCUGCACAAGUCCAACAGUCAGUCUCGCUAUGUGGGGGAACCGAUGAGUUGAGCGUAACUAUUUUUGCAACAUUUGGAACACACAAACGAGCAAUUAUCAUUCCACUUCUGGCUUCAGUUAUGUAUUCAAAAUGAUACAAAAAGUCAAAUCCGAUUAAAGCGUCGUCAUGUAUAGGGGCCACAAAAGCAUUCCAUGUAAAAACACCUCCAUUAAUGUUGAAAUGGAAUGUUGCCUGCACACUUACAUCUAUUAAGCUUUAGUCUGCUGCUUUGAUAAGGAUCAUGUCGGAAGGUUUAGUGAGUGGAGGUCGGCGAUGAAGUGGUAUUUCAUUGUACAAUGUCUGGGAAAUGAUGGUUACCGCAGCACCAAUGUCGAUCAACACAUUCGCAUUGGUUUCAUUCACCUUCCCUUUGACUGAUGCUGACAUGCAGACGGCUCCACUCCUUCUCACUUAAAUUUAUAUAUCUGGUGUGACCGGCGUCGAGCCGGAUGACCCGGUCACCACUAGUUUCCCGACAUCUGAUAUUGGGUAUGUUGUGCACCCACAUUGAAUUGUUGUUCUGAUUGACUGCACUCCCGCGCAAAUAAUGUCCUUUAACACCACAGUUGUAUCAUGUAGUAUGACAUUUGCUUCGCCUAUAUGUCGCACAUCUACACUGAUCAUGUCCACGACUUCUUCCACGACCGCUGCUGCGAUUGUCAUACUUGAAUGUCAGUACAGAGAUGUAAUAACACAGAGAUUUAAUAAUAUAAUAAUAAUAAUAACAGCAAUUUAUUAUAUAGCGCUUUUCCUAUAAUGGCUCAAAGCACUUUACAGUAUAUUAUUACCCCGGUCAUUGGAUUCAUUUUAAUCCCGCACGAAUAGUGCAAAAUGUCCACUCCCUGGGAAGCAUUCCUUGCAUUCAUCUCAGCCUCAUUAUGGCGCUGGCAAAUUCAAAAAUACAAUAUCUUUCGCAUUCUACCGGGUACCAAUUUACCACCUGGGUCCAGAGUGGCAAAGUGUGGAUUUACGCCUUGCCAAAAGACGCUAGACAGCGGUGGGAUUCGAACACACGACCCUCUGUUUACAAGGCGAGAGUCAGAAACACUACACCACGGCUCUUCCAUAAUAUGUUAGAAAGCUCACUUACUUUCGGCGACAGUUCUGACGUAAGCUUUUUUCCGAAUGCAUUGAGACGCUUCUCCGUCACCGGGCUUGUUGAAGUUACUUGUCGAAUUAUUUAUUCUGCACUGUUCAUUUCCUCCUCCUUCAAACUCCUGUACAUUUCGACAAUGUCCAUGGCUUCCCCUACCCAGGUCAAAAGAAACAGUCAAGGACCAGUUCAUCCAACUGGUACCAGUUGAUUCCAGCUAAGCGAACUGGUUUCAAUAUGGAAAUUGGAAUACUGGAAUCAACUGGGAUCCAGUUGAGAACUGGGGUAAUAAUAUCCAGUAUUGGACUGCAAACUUGCUCUAGAAAAUCAAUCCCUCAGACUCUUGAAAUCUGUACAAAAAUAACAUCAGAGAAUGACAAAAGUCACAAAACAUAUCUGUAUGGUAUUAAAACUAGAAAUUAAAUGAAAAAAAUUAUGUUACAAACUAUGUACAUGUAACAAGCUGUGUAUUAUUCUUGUAUCAUGUGUCAACAUCGAUUAUUAACUUACACAGUAAAUAUGUAUCCAGUUCUUACAACUUAGCUUGGGGACAAAAUUUGAAUAUAAUGCUAUAGAAAAGAAUAUUCAUGAGGAUAUGCAAUUAUGCACUGGACAAUCAGCAUAUCUAAGUAUUUGCCUUCAAUGAAUAAUGUGUACACCUUUAAAGGAGUAAUAGGGGAGUCUAUGUUUUAAAUUAUUGUUUAUUGAGAUCUUGGGGCCCUCACUGCCUCUGAAGAGUAAACGUGAAACAGGUACCUUCCUUUACUGUACUGGCACUUGAUAUUUGCUGGUAGAUGCGAUGUAUCUGAA